AUGAAAGCACUUGUGCAGUACAUCGAUGUUCACGUAGCUGAACAUGCAGAGUUACUGGAUAGCCCAUGGCAGUCUUUUGCAAGAGCAGAUAUUUCUAAGGCUAGCUCAGUGGGUGACAAAGAGGAAGAAGAAGAAAGCAAACUGGGAGACUGUCAGAUAUAUUGGCAGCAUACCUCUGUGGAUGGAUACACUGAACCACAUGUCCAGCCUAUCAAGUCAAGUAGCAGACAAAACAUCCCCCGAUGUAGAAACUCCAUUACAUCUACCAAUGAAGAGCAUCCUCACAUUGGAAAUUAUCGCUUACUGAAAACAAUAGGAAAAGGAAAUUUUGCCAAAGUGAAACUGGCAAGGCAUGUGCUUACUGGAAGAGAGGUUGCUGUGAAAAUAAUAGAUAAAACCCAGCUAAAUCCUACUAGUCUGCAAAAG